UGAGCCUAGGUGAUCAUGGUCGCAGAGCCGCUGCAGAUAAAAUAUUGCCACUGCUGCAGAAACGGGAAAUUGAUAAUAGAGGUUCUAUUGUAAAGACCCUUUGGGUAAAAUUAACAACAUCAGCACGUUGAUAGAGAUAUUAAAAGUAGGGGAAUUUGCAAAAUGAAGACUGCCCACCAGGCUUUCCUGACCAGUCUGCAAGAUAACAGAGCGGGACCUUUGGCGGCAAUUGCUGCGUCUGCCAGCUACAUGAUGGAACCAAGAAAAAAGACCGCGUUUUCUAUCCGAGAUCUGCUGGGACUGAGACACCAGCAGGAUAGAGAUACGACAAAGACAGCGUCCGAGGAAGAGCCCAGUGCCAGAACGACACACCCACCAGACCUGAGGGGGUCGAUAUUUCCCGUGAGUCCGCGCAGACCCACCCAGAGUCCCACGUCGAGCUACCCGUACCCACCAUGGAACAACCCGCUGAUUGAUUCAUUCAGCACUUCCGGUCAAACCAUUCUAAACUUCAAUAUCUUCUCAUCGCCUGGAAACAGAGAAUUUAUGAAACAAGAAUGUGAAGACAGAAAACAGCACAUGCAGUUCGAUGGUCUGCAGUUUUCUCAAAAUAACACCAAAAAGAAAAAGAAGAAACGACGUCACAGAACGAUCUUCACUAGCUACCAACUUGAUGAACUUGAAAAGGCUUUCAAAGACGCUCAUUAUCCGGAUGUUCAAACCAGAGAGGUGUUGGCCAUGAAGACUACACUUCCGGAAGACAGAAUCCAGGUUUGGUUUCAAAACCGCAGAGCGAAAUGGCGUAAGACUGAGAAGACUUGGGGACGUAGCAGCAUCAUGGCGGAAUACGGACUGUACGGAGCUAUGGUGCGCCACUCACUUCCGCUUCCGGAAACCAUAUUAAAAAGUGCUAGCGAAGGUGUUUUAGAUUCCUCAGCACCGUGGCUCUUAAGUAUGUACAGAAAGUCUGUAACAAGUCCAGCAAAACUAGAGGAUGACGCGGACAGUGACAGGUCACAUGUACCGGAAAUUCGUGAUCGAGAAGACUUUCGUUCUGAGAGUAUCGCAGCGCUGCGUGCACGUGCGCAACAGCAUGUGCAUUACUUGCAUCAGUCGCCCGAAGAUGACGACAGCGUGAUAGACGUGGAUACCAACGCACCGAGCAGUCAAGCAGAAACUGUGUCAGAAAAAAACACUGAACUGCUAUUUCCCGAAACAGUGAAUUGAAUGUACUGCUAAUAACACUCCCUAUAGUGCUAGAUCUCAUAGAUGCGUUUCGUGUGAGUGGUUGUGUAUUCAACAUUUAGCGGUGUCGCAGUAGUAGGAGUGCAGGGCUGUAGAUAAGUAGAGGAUGAUAACAAAGUAGGGCUUGCUUCACUACAUGUCAGGAGUGGGAGUGGGGAACUCAUAAAAUUCGAGAAGACUUAGGUGUUUUAAUUUGUCGCCUUUUUCUGGCAAGUCAAGAUCCCGUCCCUACUUAUAAUUAUAAGCGCCUAGAUAUAAUAAGUCAGCAGAUUAAAACCAUAUUAAAACGUUCUUAUCUUAGAAACAAUAAAGUAUGUGAACUCUGUUGAUAUAAAAUUAAUUAUACCAUCCUCUCAAACAUUAGCUACAUUCCUGAUACAUCAUUUGUACCCGAGGUAAACAUGUAAUUAAACAUUUCAUAUUGUUAUGGAACAAAUGGUGGUUAUUUUUUAUAUUUAAUAGUUUAGAAGAUUUAUAACAUAUCUAAAUAUUAAUUUUGUUUCUGUUCAGCUCUUAUUUACUUUCAUAGUGUUUCUUAUAACAAAAUAGUCUAACUCUUAAAGGAAUUUUGAAAUUUCAUUCAAGGAAACUCAGAAAUGAUAAUGAAGUUUGAAUAUCUGGGAUCGAUAUGCAGUUCUGUUGUAAAGUGCUCGCCUGAGGAGCCACGGGUCAUAAGAUCGGUCACCCUGGGUGGACUUGAUGUUUUUUUCUCUCGUCCUAACCAAUGCCCAACCACUAGUACAUUAAAGGCCGUGGUAUGCACUGCCCUUUCUAUGGUAAAGUGCACAUAAAAUAUGACUACUGCUUUUUAGUAGUAGUAGCCUAUGUGGAGAAAUCGUGCUGAGCUGGCUUUGAACAAGCAUUCCUUUCGUUUACAGAAAUUGCCUUUAGUAUGAAACUAUCGAUUAAUCCUACUCAUAAUCCAGUAUAUUUAGGUAAUAUAUGUGGAAUAGAGAGGGGGAACUUGCAGCAGAAAUGAUAAAUUCAAUGAUUAUGUAAAGGAUUGCAUUAAGGAAUGUUAAAAACCUGUCCUUGCAAACACUAAAAUGGCAAAACAUAUUUGAUAUACAAAAUUUAUUAUUCAAGAAAGUAUAUUUUAAGUGCUCUGUAUGUUGUCCAGGUAUGUCAUACAAUGUUUUAAAUAUGAUAUUGGUUUUUGUUUGGGUAAGUAAAAUUUUAAAAUACAUGUAUGCAUGAUUACGUUAUGUAAUUAAGAUUUGUUAUGACUAUAUAUAUAUAUAUAUAUAUUGGAAUAAAAUAUAUUAAACAUAUAAUUCCAAAUACCGUGGUUCAUAUCAAAGUGUUAUGUUCCAAUAUAAAAAAAACACCAUUGUAAAAAGACCUGUCAUUUGUUUACAGAGCUAAAUAGUUACAUUGGUUAAAACAUAUACAUGUACCAUAUUUGAAAGAGGCAAAGUGGUCAUAAAGUUUCAAACUUGUUUUAUAAUGUUUAUUUUUAUUAACACUAUAAAAUAUUACAUAUUUUAAUUUGUGACUAUAUUUUGUAGUGGAUGAAUCAGGUGUAAUAUUUUUUUUAUUCAUUAAUUUUCUGUAACAGUAUACAUUUCCCUCCAUAAUGGAUAAUUAUGGCCCUCGUGAAAUAAUGUUCAUUAACACUCACUAAAGCUCUGACAACCUAAACGUACUUGAUCAAAAUUACCCAUUUUGUGGUGAAAACGUACAUACAUUUUGAUCAUGUUUACACAUUUAUAAUUAAACAGCAUAAAAUUAUGCAAAAUACAAUGAUAAGCAUUUUCGAAGUAUGUGUAAUAACAAUAAACACGAGAUAGUAAGUGAACGUGGUUUGGAAAUAAAUGUUAUACAUGUAUAUGUCUAUUGUUUUCUUCCCUUAUAAUGUUUUUAGAUGUUAGAACAUUGGAACAACUAGAGGCAGUAGUCAUUCGAAUGGGGUUAAAACUGCCUAUCCUAAAGACACAUUUAAAGGGACAUUCCUGAGUUUGCUGCAAGUAUUAAGAUGUUAUCGACUAACAGAGACUUUUUAACGAUUAAACGUGUUUCUGAUCGUUGUAAUAUUUUCAUUUAGGUUAA